AUGCCAUUGUUUGAUGAAUUAUCAGAUAGUUUUUUGCGACUCCAAUGGGCGGAUGACCAGCCUCUGGACAUACCAAAUGACUUCAGUUGGACUGGAUAUGAUUUAAUGGGAUAUCAUUUAAGAACUAUGAAGUCGCUAUACAGCCACACGGGAACCUUUAGUAAACUUGUGGCCACUUUUACUCUGAGGCGAGAAUUUGGUCAUUUUAUACUCGAUAUAUACAUCCCUUCCGUUCUGUUUGUCAUCUCUUCGUGGACUUCAUUUUGGGUGGAAAUACCGGCCGCACCGGCCAGAGUCACACUCGGCAUCACCACUAUGUUGACACUCGUUACCAGCGCUAAGACAGCACGAGAUAAGUUACCCAGGGUCUCUUACAUACAUGCUUUGGAUAUAUGGAUUAUAAUGUGCACCUUUUUUAUAUUUGCAUCACUUGUGGAGUACGCGACCGUAAACUUCAUUUACCACAAAGAGAAAAGGAGAUCAAACAAACCCAAGACUAAUACCAAGAAUAACAUCCAAAACAGCACGGGUUUGAAAAGGACUUUAAGUAACAUGUCGUUCAACAGCGGUGUAGACUCCAUGUACAGCUCUAUCACCAGUAAUGGCUUUCUUAAACCGCAGUCGGCGACACCCGAUAUGGGCUUAAGAAGAAAAUCUAUUGUGAGGACUGGAAGUGAUGGUGGGAUUGAGUUGAUUGUACCUGAGCUUAAACUCGACGAUAUAUCCAUACCGUCAACCCGACCAUCAAUUAUUAGUAACAGUAAACCAAACACCUGUUCCCCUGUAUUCAAAGCCAAACCUCAAGAUAUUGCUAAUGAGAUCGAUCGCAAGUGUCGACUAAUAUUCCCGAUUAGUUUUCUCAUAAUAAAUAUCAUUUACUGG